AUGUUCAAAUUCCAACCGUGGCAAGACGGCACAACCUCGACCGAUUCAAACAAUUUUGGAGUUCGACAGUGGCAAUCAAACAUUUCACCCCCUCCCCUUACUCAGACGAAUCAACCAGCCAUGAACACAGUUGGAUCAGUGACCAAGCAAAUUGCUGCAAUGGAAAUUUCCAGCAAGAAGCAAAUUCCAGCAAGUGGUUCGUCUAACAAGUUACCAACAAAGCUGGGAGCACAGCCAAGUGUGACGAAAUUGCUCACUAAAUACGGUGCCCCGAACCCAUUCACAAACGCAUCCAACAAACCAACAAAUCCUUCUUCCCUGCGAAACCCCGUUCCCAACUCCUCAAGCUCUACGGCACACAAACAGGGACACUCUGCACAACCUUCAAUUGAUAUCGGAAGCUACGACGGUGGUCUCGAACGAGAUAACGAGAAACGAGGAGAGCGAGUGUAUGGAGAGGCGGCUGAGGAGCUUGCACUUGACUCCAGUGUCUCAAAGCGAAAUCCCACUCGUGAAUGGACCCUCCACGACUUUGACAUGGGCCGGCCACUGGGCAAGGGCAAAUUUGGACGAGUGUACAUGGUCCGAACCAAAGCUGAGCCCAAAUACAUCGUCGCUUUGAAGACUCUAUACAAGUCCGAAAUCGUCCAAUCCAAAGUCGAGAAACAGAUUCGACGAGAAAUUGAAAUCCAACAAAACCUGCGCCACCCCAACAUUCUCCGUCUCUACGGCUACUUCCACGAUGAGAAGCGUAUCUUCUUGAUGCUUGAGUUUGCUGGCAAGGGCGAGCUGUACAAGCAGCUCUCCAAGCUUAAUAGGUUCUCGGAAAGGCGCAGCUCACGCUAUAUCGACCAAAUGGCAGACGCGCUCAUCUACCUUCACUCGAAGCAUGUUAUUCACCGCGACAUCAAGCCAGAGAAUUUGCUCAUUGGCAUCAAUGGAGAACUCAAGAUUGGUGACUUUGGCUGGAGUGUUCAUGCUCCUGGUAACAGGCGCAUGACGCUUUGCGGGACCCUAGACUAUUUGCCACCUGAGAUGGUGGAGGGCAAGGAGCACAACGAGAAAGUGGACUACUGGGCCCUCGGUGUUCUGACAUAUGAAUUUGUUUCCGGCUUCCCACCUUUCGAAGACCGCGAUAGCGUCAACAACACCUACCGUCGAAUCGCGAGGGUGGAUCUGAAGUUUGAAGACAAGCACGUCCGGCUUUCUGAAGAAGUGAAGGAUUUGAUUACCAGAUUACUCCGCUACGAACCUCAGAAGCGCCUACCACUAACCGAAGUACUGAAACACCCAUGGAUCGUAAAGUACAGGCCCAAAGAAAGGGAAAGUGCUUGA